CUCCCUGGCCCUCUCUCUGCAGUCUCCAAACACAAGCAAACAAGCAAACAAUGGCGUCAAUUCGCAAUCGACCAUUGAUCUCCAUGCUGCGCACAGUCGUCAGACCGCCAGCCACCUGCCGCCACUAUAGCACUGAGAAGCGGCACAGCAGGCCAGUGUUCACAACCACGGCUGAUUCGCUGAAGGAGGCAGUCAGAGUGGGCAAGAGCGAGGAGCUGUCCAACAGGCAGCUGUUCUCGCGGCUGCAGCCUGACGCAAAAACGCUGGACGCACUGGACAUGCUGCAGCUGGGCACAGAGAAGCGCGGGCGGUUCGAGCGGCGCAAGUGGUUUCCGGUACAGCGAGCCAGAGAGACGCUGCCAGAGAUCGGGUUUGUAGGGCGCUCGAAUGUGGGCAAAUCGACGCUGGUGAAUACGCUGUGCGGGUCGUCGGCGGCGCGUGUCUCGGAGCGGCCCGGGCUGACGCAGCAGAUCAACUUUUACACGGCCGACAAUGACUUCCAUUUGGUCGAUAUGCCGGGGUACGGGUUCGCGUACGUCAAGGAGGAGCAGAAGCAGGCGUGGGUGCCGCUGAUCGAAAAGUAUGUGCGCGAGCGCAAGCGUCUGAAGCGGGUUAUGCUGCUUCUGGAUGCCCGGCAUGGCAUCAAGGCGAACGACCAGGAGUUCAUGGAGCUGCUGGACCGCACUGGCACAAAGUACCAGGUGGUGAUGACAAAGUGCGAUCUGGUGAGCCGCAUUGAUCUGGCGAAGCGGCACCUGCUGGUGGCCCAGGAGACACAGAAAUCGAGGAACUGCAUCCCGCGGGUGCUGAUGGUCAGCGCCAAACACGAGCGCGGCCUGAACGACCUGCGCAAGGAGAUCCUGCAUACGUGCGGGCUGGGCAAAAAGUACCUGGCUAUGCACAAGAAGAAGGAGGUUAUUGCCAAAGCAGAGUACAUGGAGCAGCUGGCCAUCUUCAAGGAAACCUCGCGGCCGAAAAAGCGCCGCCAGUAGCGAAGCAGGGCCCUAAUCAAGCGAUCGAGCCUGUUCGCCAUUUUCUCUCACUCAAUAGCACUUUUGUUGAAUUUCAUAAUGCACAGCACACUAAGAAC